GCAUGCGACCGACGCAAGCCAGGCAGGCGAGCGUGCGACUCAAGCAAGCCUUAAGUUUGCUUGAACCCACCCCCAUCCCAUCCCGAUCGACCGCCCGCCCGCCACCGCACUUCGACUCGAUCAACCCUACCGUCGAUUUACUAAGGGGCCAGCCAUCGCCGGAAAGAACACGAAAAAGUAAAAGAGUCGGAUUUCCCAUCGUCGUGGAUCUGACGCCGCCAUGUUCCGCUUCUCCCUCGUCGUGGCGCUUGUCGCCUGCUGGUCCGCCCUCGCCGCAGCCCAUACUGUCAUCGUCUACCCCGGCUGGCGAGGCAACAACAUCAUCACAAACGGGACGACGUCGCUCACAGACCCAAGUAUAAUCCCGGGGUCACUAGGCAUCACGUACGAAAACGACACACACGGCUUCCCGUACGGAAUGCAGUGGAUGUAUCCAUGCGGCGGCAUGCCCACCUCCACCAACCGCACCAAAUGGCCCCUCAAAGGCGGCGCAGUCAGCAUCCAACCAGGCUGGUUCCCCGGCCACGCAAACGCCCUCUUCUACUUCAACAUGGGCUACGGCAACGAGCCGCUCAACUACUCGCACUCGAUGCUGCCCGUCUUCCAGAUCACCGGGCCCUCAAACCUGCAGUACGACGGCACCUUUUGCCUGCCGCAGGUCCCGCUGCCCGCCGGCUACGAGCCGCAGGUCGGCGAUAAUGCGACGAUUCAGAUUGUCGAGACGGCGCAGCAUGGGGCUGCGCUUUAUAAUUGCGCAGACAUAACCUUCGCCGAGCCCGCAGACGUGCCCGAAGUCACAAGAGACAACUGCUUCAACUCGACAAACGCCACCACGCGCACCCCCGACAUCGGCUUCCAGCUCGUCUACGCUACGACUAGCUCUCCCGCGCCACAUAACGUCGUCGUGAACAUGUUUGCUGCUGUGCUGGUCCCGCUGCUGCUUGGUGCUGGGUUUGCUGUUGGGUUGUAGAUGUGUGUGAUGGGUUGUGAUGGCGUUUUGGGGGGGGCGUUGUAUACCAGUUUUUUUUCUUGUUGUUUUUGAUGGGUUGGGGGAUGGAAGGAGGGGGGGUAGAUCAAGGAUGGGAUUUGUUGAGUGGAGGGGAGUGGAUGGAUGGAUGGAAGGGUUGAGGGAGGGAAGAAUAGGAUAGGAUAGGAAAGGAAGGGAAUUCCUCCCCAUUUGUACAUAUCGAGGCACUGGAUGGGGGUCUCUAUGAU